CGUCCCCUCUCCGGUCACCCUUCCCUGUCCCGCGGUGCUGCCACGUGUGCGCCCCGUAAGGCGCAGGCCCCACGGGGGCGUCCUCCGGCUUGGGUGGCGAGGUGGCGAGCUGCGUCCCGAGCAGUCCCAGAAGCCCGGCCCGGACGCCCCUAGGUCCCUGAGCCCGGGCGAGCUGGGACGCGGGGCCACCGCUGUCCUCACUGGCUUCUAAAGCGCCAGAGGGCGUUUCCGGGCACAGGAAACGGACACAUACCGCGCGUUUGCCGAGCGCCAGCGUCUGCAUCCCCCAGCUCCGCCAAAUGUUCACACUUCCUCAGGAAGAAUCUGGGGCACCUACCACCUCUGCAGGCCCAGCCUCCACACAGGACCUGGGCAGUAGCUAUGGGGAUUGUCUGGAAGGAGAAUGCUCCAGAAAACCAGACCAGAAGCUGCCAGAACUCUGUGGACUGGGUGAUCCUGUCAUGUUCUCAUCUGACAGCUCCUGUCUGUCCUCUAGAGGAAGAAUGAUUAAAUGGUUCUGGGACUCAGCUGAGGAGGGCUACAGGACCUACCACAUGGAUGAGUAUGAUGAGGACAAGAACCCCAGUGGCAUCAUUAACUUGGGCACCAGCGAGAACAAACUCUGUUUUGAUCUGCUGUCCUGGAGGCUGGGUCAGCGCGACAUGCAGUGGGUGGAGCCGUCCCUGCUGCAGUACCCUGACUGGAGGGGACACCUGUUCCUCCGAGAGGAAGUGGCCAAGUUCCUGUCUUUCUACUGCAAGAGCCCGGCACCCCUCAAACCAGAGAAUGUGGUGGUUCUGAAUGGCUGUGCCUCCCUCUUCUCUGCUCUGGCCACCGUGCUGUGUGAGGUGGGGGAGGCUUUCCUGAUCCCUACUCCUUACUACGGAGCCAUCACACAGCACGUCUAUCUCUAUGGCAACGUCCGGCUGGCCUAUGUCUAUCUGGACAGCGAGGUCACGGGGACAGACACACGUCCCUUUCAGCUCACAGUGGAGAAGCUGGAGAUGGCCUUGCAGGAAGCUAAUUCUAAGGGUGUAAAGGUGAAAGGCCUCAUCCUGAUCAACCCCCAGAACCCUCUGGGUGAUGUCUACUCCCCGGGAGAGCUGCAGGAGUACCUGGUAUUUGCCAAGAGGCACAAGCUGCACGUGGUUGUGGACGAGGUCUACAUGCUGUCCGUGUUUGAGGAGUCCGUUGUGUACCGCAGUGUCCUAAGCCUGGAAAGGCUGCCUGACCCCCAGAGGACCCAUGUGAUGUGGGCGACCAGCAAGGACUUCGGGAUGUCUGGGCUCCGCUUUGGCACGCUGUACACAGAAAACCCGGAUGUGGCCACUGCUGUGGCUUCCCUCUGCCGCUAUCAUGGCCUCAGCGGCUUGGUCCAGUAUCAGAUGACACAGCUGCUCCGGGACCGUGAUUGGAUCAACCAGGUGUACCUGCCGGAAAACCACGCCCGGCUCAAGGCUGCCCACACCUACGUCUCGGAAGAGCUCAGGGCCCUGGGGAUCCCCUUCCUGAGUGGUGGGGCCGGCUUCUUCAUCUGGGUUGACUUGAGAAAGUACCUGCCUGAGGCCACCUUUGAGGAGGAAAUGCUGCUCUGGCGUCGCUUUUUGGACAACAAGGUGCUGCUGUCCUUUGGCAAGGCCUUCGAGUGCAAGGAGCCCGGCUGGUUCCGCUUCGUCUUCUCAGACAAGGCCCACCGGCUUCGCCUGGGGAUGCAGAGGGUCCGGCAGGUGCUCGAGGGUGAGGCCCAGGUGGCAGAAGACCCCCCUCCCUGUCAGACCCAGGAGCCAAGUGACCAGCACAGGUGAGCUGGCUGCUGCCUCGUGGACACAGGGCCUGGCAACCAUUGCCAACCUGGGGCGUUCCAGGGCUCCAGGAGACUAUGGAUGCACCAUUUGCCAGGAAGAUGCCCAACAUGGCUUUGCCCCUCAACAAGAACUGCUUCUUGCCUUUCUCUGUGGCAGCCAGAGACUCUUUAAGCUGUGGUUCAACUCGGGCCAUCCCUGUUCCCUAUUAAACGAAACUGGGAGA